AUGACUGUACGUCCGUAGCCUCCGUUGCAGACCUUCCAAGCUAUGGUGAGAGGAUGAAGCUAACUGCGCUUGCUGCAUGUGCACAGUCAACGUACAAGUUCAACGUUGUAAGCCCUCUUGAACAGCCAGUUGCGGUGACCGUGCACGUGCCUUGCAGAGGACGAUGCGACAAAGCCCACCUCUGCAACUUGCGUCGGGUUCGAUGUAACCAGUCAUGUUGACGUUCUUACAUACAUUUCCCUCGUCUUCAGGUCAUGACGUGUUCAGGCUGCUCGGGUGCGAUCGAUCGAGUGUUGAAGAAGACAGAAGGUUAGUCAGCAUCCUCGACUCGUUAUUGAAGCAGCUCAUGGCUCAAACGACCUCCAUUUGCUCCUAUAGGUGUCUCCUCUUACGACAUCUCGUUGGAAAAGCAAGAGGUGCUCGUGCACGCGUCGUCCAUCUCGUACGACGACGUCUUGGCCAAAAUCAAGAAGACGGGCAAGGAGGUCAAGAGUGGUGAGGUCGUCAGUUCGGCUUGAGGGGGGGCUCGGGGGCUCGUUCAUGGACAUGUAGAGUAAUGGUGCCAUAUAUUUCAAAUUCAACUCUCCAGUGACCCCUCAGCAUCGAUUGGAAAGCGCCUCUAGCGCUCAUGGUGCCGCCUUCGUCAGGCCUCGUCUUGAGCCCCACAUGUGCUCGCGGGCGAUGCACCGCUAG